AUGGAAUCCGUGCUGACCCGGUUCAAUCUCACGCUCGACAAUAUGACAACGUUCAGCUCCAACAUACGGCAGGGGCUUAUCGAGCAAUACAGCAACAACCGGAAGGUGGCCGACCCUUGGUAUCACAUCCUGAUCGUCAUGUACGGUACCUUGAUCGUGUUCGGUGCGACGGGUAACAGUCUGGUCGUGCUGGCCGUCGCCCGGAAACCGCAGAUGCGAACGGCCCGCAACAUGUUCAUCGUGAAUUUGGCCGUUUCCGACCUACUGCUGUGCCUAGUGACAAUGCCAUUGACACUGGUGGAAAUCCUUACCAAGUACUGGCCGAUGGGCCGGUUGCCAUUUUUGUGCAAAUCCAUCGGUACGCUACAGGCCACGAGUAUCUUCGUAUCGACCAUCUCCAUUACCGCCAUUGCAUUAGAUAGGUACCAAGUAAUUGUUUAUCCCACGCGCGACAGCCUCCAGCUGAUGGGUGCCAUCGCCAUCCUGACCGGCAUCUGGAUCAUCUCGAUAGUGUUGGCCUCGCCGAUGUUCAUCACCCGACAGCUGAUCCACUACGACGUUAAUCUGCCGAGCCUCGGCAUAGAGUAUGUGUCGUACUGUAUCGAGGACUGGCCAAUCGCGUACGGCCGCGUGUACUAUUCGGCGUUCACACUCUGCGUGCAGUACGUGCUACCGAUUCUGAUCGUUUCGGUGGCGUAUCUGCGCAUCUACCUAAAGCUCAAGCACCGACUGGUGGUCGGCACGAGCGGGAAACCGGGCGAGGCGAAACCGGUCCGGGAGCGGGAACGCGGCCGAAGGAUGCAGCGGACCAACUACCUGCUGAUCAGUAUCGCUCUGAUCUUUGGCGUUUCCUGGCUGCCGCUGAACCUGUUCAACCUGUUCGCCGAUCUGUACGUGCAUGCCAUCACGCAAGACAUUAUGGUGGCGUACGCGAUCUGUCACAUGGCUGGCAUGAGCUCGGCCUGCUCAAACCCGCUGCUGUACGGCUGGUUGAAUGACAAUUUUCGGAAAGAGUUCAACGAACUGCUCUGCCGUACGUCGUCGGGCGGCCCGGUCGGAUCGGGCGGGCACUCGAACGGAAGCCGAGCGAACGGUGCAGCCGCCACCGUCGGGCGAACGCGAGCUGAUAGAGCUGGGACCGACGGUGUACGCGAGGACCGAACACUGCCAGAACUAACGCAGCACCGUCCAAGCCAUUGGGUCAAUCAAUCCGAGGUACUUACAGACAACGACGAAGAGCAGCAGAAGCUGUGCGGAUCGAACGAAAACCAGGAGCAGGAACAUCUCUGCUCCAGUGUUAAUGAAUGCUGAAACGAAAGCGCCUAACGUUAUGCAAACCGCGUGUCUGCCAAGCCAAUCAACGCUUCAUUCAAACGUGCCUGCCGUUGCGCAGCCAGGCACAAGUGGAGCCGUCGGACUCGUGUCCGUUCGCUACCGAUGGCAAAUGGAGACCAUCUUGAGCCCAACGAUGAGUUUCGAUGCUAAUCAAUCCCUCCGUUCGGGCCGCAUACACCCGUGCCCCGUAGCUUGCUGGUGCUCGUUGUGCGUUGUACCACAGUUCCGGAUUGAUUCCAGCGAAACGCAUCGCUCCGUUCGCCACAGAGUAGCCGCACCGUACCGAGCGCCGCUCUACUUGUUGCCGAUGCCGCGGCAGUAACGCACGCAAGGUAACGCAGAUCGUCCGUAUGGUUGUCAGCUCGUUUCAAAUGUACACCCGGUUGAAAUGGCUUUAUAAGUUGCAUGACUUUUCGUUACCAUCGGUGCUACACCAUGUGAAGGAAGCGACAAAAUCUGUACAUAUAGCGAUUAGAAGUCGAACGUGAUAUCGAAUAGUGAAAUACAAUGGGAUGCCCACGCAUAGGGUGCAGCGUAAGCUCGGACCAUAGAUCGUUAGGGUCGGUCCCGGGCAGUGUAGCCAAUUUCAAAGCAGGUACGUUACAUGAGGUGUUAGCUUCCAUCUGUCUGAAUUUUGCGGAAGCUAAACGGGCCACAAAUUCCUGUUGGAGUAUUUACUAACGUUAAGCUUGUAAAGUUUUCGCUCUGU